GAGCGUUUUACCAUCUCGCCUCGUUACCCGUCAAGUCAUGCUCUCUCAACCACAAAAAUUUGCGAUAAGAAAUUCAAACCCUGUUCUAUUUCAAUCGUCGCUUUCGAGAUCUUACACAAACUCUACCUCUCCUUCGCCUUCCCCCCAAGAUGUCUCUAGUUCCUCCUCCUACCUGAACAAAUUUGCAAAAGCCACUGCAAAACGGCUUCCGGCUGUCAUUAUUGGGAAAUUAGUUGUAGCUGGCGUUAUUGGUUUGAUAUCGGUGGAUCUUCUUUAUGCUGGGUAUCGGAACAGACGCAAUGAGCGUCUUCUUAACAAGACUGUAGAAAAGGGCACUCGACCUAAAAUUGAUGUUUCGGAUGAUGAGUUUGUUCCCCGACCUCUAGUUGUAGAUCGUCUUAAAAAAAUUCUUCAACCGAAUAGAAAUCAAUCAUAUUAUCAUGUGGUUUGUGGAGAACACGGUACCGGGAAAACCACAUUAACCAGAAGGGCAUCAAGAGAAGUAGGGCAGGGUGUCAUAUACGUUGAAAUUCCUGCUGAUGCAGAAGAUAUAGAGGAUUUUGGCAUAGCAUUUGGAGAAUCUCUUAACUUUGCAUUUGAGGAACGUAUCUCUUUUACGGCACAGCUUAUGAAGAAAAUAUUAGGUGAUACCAAUGGUAAAGAUGAGCGUCCCAAGUGGAAAAGAGCCUUGGAGGCCUUCAAGCGUGCUAGUGCAGUGUACAAAGAAAAACAUAAUAAACCUUCAGUCAUAGUUUAUGACAACAUUGCCAAAUUAGUUAAUGUGAACCCAAAAGUUCUUGAUACUCUUCAAGAUGAUGCUAAAAUGAAUGCUGAUCACCGAGAGUACGUUGCUGUAUUUGUCAGCAGUGAAGGUUCUGUGCCGAGAAGAAUGGAAUCUCGCAGUGCUUGGUCACGUGCAAAAAAACCUGUGAUUGAAAUUGGCGACCUUAGCAAAGAAGAAUCAAUGAAAUAUCUAACUGAGAAGCGCAAGAUCAAUGAAGUAGAUGCAAAAAAUAUAUAUGAAUUGGUUGGUGGACGCAUUGUAGAUCUAAAAACUGUGGCAGAUGAUUUUCUUGCCAAACAACCCUUUGAAGUCAUUAAACAGUCAAUUUUAGAUGAAGUUGAGAAGAAAUUUGGCACAGCACGACUCCUUCCAAAUGAUCCAUAUUACGAAGUAGGAAAGAGUAUUUUUAGUGAUUUGAAAGAGUCUAACGAGCUUAGCUUUUUAGAAUUUAAGAAAUAUUUCGAUAAUAUUAAUGAAUUAAAUGAGGUGUUGGGAAGCAACAUAUUUGCAUAUCAUCCGGCAAAAAACACUGUUACAUUUCAAUCUCAAUCGAUAAAAUGUUAUAUUCUUGAAAAGG